UCUGAAAAAUUAUUUAUUUCUGUUUGGUCAAGAUGGAGAAAUUCGCUAAAGAUGAAUUGGCACGUAUCAACUCGUUUCCCGAAAGACGUAACAAGUGGCCACUGCUGAUGCAGACACAGAUGACAACAGGCCCUGGCAGCAGCACACCUGGAUUUUUCCCCCAACCACGUGCUCGUGAUGAUUCUAAUAUUGAUGAUGUGCCCUUGAAAAGCACCUACGUGGCGAAAAUUCUUCAAGAUCGUCAAGAUGUAAAGACUGGUUAAUUGAUUAAAAUGAAUAUUUCUUACUUGU